AUGGAUGCUGCUACAAUUGGCUCUUUAUUGAAGCCUAUGAAUGCUACUCAAAUCAUUGAUACCAUUGGUGUUUUUCAAAAAUCAGGUUUAAACACUUCAGAAGUUGAUAUUCCAAAAGUUUUAUCUGUUUUAAAUGUUACACAAAUUCAAGGUGUUUUAAGUUCAAAUUCAUCAGUUGUUACUACAAUGAUGCAACAAAUGACACCAGUUCAAUUAGUUACUGUUUUGCAUAAUUUCCAAAAUGUGACAACUAAUUUAUUUAAAGCUGCUGCUAAUUCUACAAGUGUUGAACAAGCAACUCAAUAUAAAUCAGUCGGUGAAAGUUUAAUUAAAACUUUAAUUGAUAAAUUACAAAAUGUUUUCACAAAUCAACAAUUAUUAGGUGUUUUCAGUAUUUUAUCAAAAGGUGCAGCUUUAGGUACUGGUACUAAAAAAUUAUUAGAUACUGCAAAAGAUCUAUUAGGUGGCUUUUAUGGUGGUGUUGCUAAAAACGUUGAAAUUCCAGAUCGUUUAACUAAUUUGGUUCAUGGUUAUCAAAUUGCAGAAUUUGGUGAUUAUCCAUCAUCAAAAGAUAUUGCACCAUCAACUAUUUUCACAGUUAUUUUCUUCCUUUUCGCUAUUGUUCAUUUAUUAAUUUUCUUAAAGAAUUUUUCAUUAGGUCAUAGAUUCUAUAUCAGUUUUGGAUUAUUUGUUUAUUCUUUAAUUCGUGCUUUAGGUUUCCUUUUGAGAAUUAUUUGGAGUUCUGAUAUUACUCAAAUUACACUUGGUUUAGUUUCAAUGAUUUUCUUAACAUUACCAACAGUUUUCUUACCAAGUUUGAAUUUAAUCCUUGCUCAAAGAAUUUUCACAUGGAGACAUCCAGUUUAUGGAAGUUCCAAAUAUUUCACAACAUUGAUGUAUAUCAUUUAUUCAUUUGUUAUUGCUGUUGUUGUUAUGACUAUUAUUGCUGCUUGUGUUCGUAUUAAUUUCUUUAUUAGUGAACAUCAUUUACAUAUGACUCAACAAAUUUUCCAAGCUACUUCAGUUUUAAUUUUAUUAUAUUCAUCAUUAUCCGUGUUAUUAAUCUUGGCUGCUUUUAUUAUCAAACCUUCAAAUUCUGAUAAAGAGAUUUUAACUUAUCAACCACAUUGGAUUAAAUCUUUCAAUGUUAAAUAUUUUGUUCCAAAAGGUUCAGCUGCUCAAGAAGCUAAAUCAAUUCCAUCAUCAAAAGCCCAUGCUAUUAGAGUUAUCCAUUCAACAAGUUAUCAUUAUGAUACUACACAAGAUCAAGUUAUUCAAGAUGAAAACUCAAAAUCAUUAACUCAAAAUACAUCAAUUUAUAUCAUUGCAUUUUCAACUUUAUUAGUUUUAAUCGCAGAUUGUUUCCGUUGUGCUUCAACUUUUAUUGAACAAUAUGUUUAUGAAGAAUCAUGGAUUUUUAAACCUGUUGUUAUGUAUGUGAUGUAUGGUGCUUUAGAAACUUUAAUCAAUUUAGUUUAUAUUUUUGGUAGAAUUGAUUUAAGAUUUUAUAAACCAGAUGCUUUAAAAGCUAAUGCAUUACCAGAACCUGAAGUUGAUGGAUCAUCUGCUUCUGAAUAUAAAAUGCAAGAAUGA